UUGGGUCGGCCGGCAAUGGCGUCUGGUGGUGGUGAAUCAAUGUGCCGUGGGCGGUGGGUGGCGGUAAUGGUCGUGCUUCUUCUGCUCUGCUUCCACGUCGCCGUCGUCCGUGCGGCUGCUUCGCGAGCGGUGGUGUCGCGCAAGGCGAAUCUGUCAGGGCGUAAGGGUGGCUUGGCGGCGGCGGAGAAGAUGAAGCCGGGCAAGGAUGGUGCCGGUGGUGUGGUGGACGCGACUGUGGUGAGAGCACUGAAGAAGAAGACGGUGGCGGCGGCGGCAGUGAAGGAUCAGACCGGAGUGCUGAAACAGGGGAAGAAGCUCAGCUCGGGUGGUGCCAUCACGAGCGAAAUUGCCACGAGCAGGACUCCGGCGGCCGUGGCCGCCGUCAAAACCAAGCUUCCGAAGGUCAACAAGGUGGCUGCUGUGAAGCCCAAGAUCACGUCCGCCGCGAAGCUCGCCAAGAUUGGCACCGAGAAAUUGACCGAAGAAUCCCGCAAGGAGGGGCAGGCGGCGGCCGUGAUGAAGGCGAGGAAAUCGCCGGCGGCGGUGGCGUUGACAUUGGCGGAAGAGGACGGGGCCGAGGACCUGAUCUCGGAGUUCCGGGAGCUGCCGGCGCGGCUGCAGGAGACGCUCGUGCCGGACCUGGCGCGGCUGUCGUCGACGUCCAGGGCGUACCUGUCGGCGGCGAACGCCGGCAUCGCCGACGGGGUGCGGCCGCUGCUGGGCGGGCGGUGGGCGCCCGUGGCGGCGACCGUCGCGUCGGCGGCGGUCCUGCUGCUGCCGCUGUGCCUGCUCGCGGCGCUGGUGCGGCGCGUGGGCGCGUACCUCCCGCUCCUCCGCCGCGCGCUGCUGCUGGCGCAGGCCUACCUGGCCAUCUACUUCGCGACGCUCGCGGUGGCGGCGGCAGCCACGGGGCUGGAGCCGCUCCGGUUCUUCCACGCGGCGUCGCCGGCCGCGUACGCGUGGACGCAGGCGGCGCAGUCGCUCGGGUACGUGGCCUACCUCGUGCUCCAGAUGGUGGACCUGGUGGCCGCCUUCUCCUCCCGCGAGGGCGCGGGCGGCGCCGGCGCCGGGGAGGAGGCGUCGUCCAGGGCGCUGUCGCUGGCGCAGAUGUUGCUGGGCCUCGCCGUCGGGCUGCACUACUACGCCGCGGUGUUCCACCGCGCCGCUGCCGGCGAGGCGCCACGAGCCACCUGGCGCGUCCACGCGGUGUACGCGGCGUGCUUCGUGGUGGUGUGCGCGUGCGCGCGCGCCGAGAGAAGGAAGAAAGCCUACCUCACCGGCGCCGCCGAGGCGUGGAAGAAGAGCUGACGACGAGUGACGUCGCCUGCACAAUGCAAACGCACUGUUUGAAAAAAAAAAGACAUUUGCAGUGUAAAUUUCACUCCUUUUUAAUUUCUUUGGUUUCUUUUUGGUGUUUUUUCUGGUGCAAAGAGGGAAAAUAAGGUAAAAAUAAGAGUGCAAAUUGAUGUAAAGUGUAAACAGUAGGAGUGAGGUUGACUGAUGUAAUUUGGUACUGAAAUGUACUCGCUAAAGUCAAAACUUGUGAUCUCCACGCAAAAAUGAAUAGCUUCUGCUUAGAUUUGUGAUUUCCAUGUAUUUGUAUAAUUUCAUUCAUUUCAAUAAUU